AGAGAGAGAGAGAGAGAGAGAGUCCGAGCGAGGAAAGCAAAGCAAAAAUCCAAAUCUAACGAACAUAUUAUUUUGAUAUUUCCGUGCUAAAGCAAAGCCAAAAACAAUGCGUUAAUAUCCAACGCACCCCAACCGAAACCCAAUCAUUCUCUUUUUCUCUCUCAAAGAGUGCAAGCAACACAGAGAGAGAGAGAGAGAGAGAGAAAAGACUGUUUGUUUGUUUGUUUAUUUGGGUAUCUAUGCCUAUGGCCGAGUUGACUCAGCCCGAGGUUUACUCUCCUCGUUCCCUUCAACUAUGGCGUACACUUCUCAACUGGUUAGCUUUCUUCUUUCAGAUCUUCGCUCAGAUCCUCAGAGCUCUUGGCCAUCAACCUUUACUCUCCUCUUCUUCUUCUUCUUCAACUACUCAUGCUUUCAAGCCCUUGCCGGUCGCUGAGCUCCCGGAGCAAGACUCUCCGGCCGCCGUCGAAAUCCCCGCCGCCGCCACCGUCUCCGUCUCCGAUUCCGAUCACAGCUCCGAGAAGCUCACGGUAGUUCUUGACUUGGACGAAACUCUAGUAUGUGCAUACGAGACAUCCAGUUUGCCAGCUGUUGUUCGUAAUCAAGCAACAGAAGGUGGGUUGAAGUGGUUCGAACUGGAAUGUGUGUCUUCAGACAAGGAAUGUGAAGGAAAACCUAAGGUCAACUACGUUACAGUUUUUGAGCGCCCGGGAUUGCAUGAAUUCUUAAAAGAACUGAGUGAAUUUGCGGAUCUUAUACUGUUUACAGCUGGACUUGAAGGUUAUGCUAGACCACUUGUUGACAGAAUAGAUAAAGAAAAUCGAUUUAGUCUCAGACUUUACCGGCCUUCAACAACUAGCACGGAGUAUCGGGAGCAUGUGAAGGAUCUCUCCUGCAUAUCAAGGAAUCCAUGCCGAAUUGUUAUUGUCGAUAACAAUCCAUUCAGUUUUUUGUUGCAACCAUUGAAUGGAAUUCCAUGCAUUCCAUUUUCUGCUGGGCAGCCACAUGACACACAGCUUCUGGAUGUAAUUCUUCCACUCCUCAAGCACCUCUCUCAGCAGAAAGAUGUGAGACCUGCACUCUAUGAAAGGUUCCAUAUGCCUGAAUGGUUUCAAAAGCAAGGGAUUCCUUCUUCUGGCUGAUUUCAUAGAACAAAGACUGUAUGCAUCAAAAUCCACUAUUCUUCUUUGUAUAAUCCUCAGCAGUUUGAACAAAAGCAGCAUCUCAUCGCCUGACUCAAAUUUCUGUAUAGCAUCAAUUUGUACGCCGAAGGUGAUGAAAACCCCUUCAAAAUUUAUCCUCAGGUUUGAACUGUUGCACAUCAUGAUCACAUAGGUACAGCAUUUAUGUAUGUAGAUUUGUCAAAACUCUGAUUCUUAUGUAAUUUUAUUUUUAUGCUUGUGAUCAUCUUGAUUGUUUAUGUAACUUGUUGGAAUUUUGUAAAAUUGUUAUCAAUAAUUUUUAGCAUAAAUGUUCCCUGCAGAA